UCACCACCAUUUUUUCUGUGGUCUUACUGUUUGUGGUUCUAAUGAAGAACCUCAUGCAGAAAUUGGGUGUCUGUGGAGGCUCCUGCCACAUCUGCCUCUUCAGAGGUACCCACUACUGGUGGCCAAGGUGGCUCACCAGUUUGUGAGGUAAUUAUGAGUUAAAACUUAAUCUCAUAAGGAAGGUUGGUAUCAACUGUUGAUUUUCCUUGGCAUGCUGAAUUAUAGUUUCUGCAUGUGUAACAGUUGUUUCAGAAUCCAUCAUCUUAUCUGGUGUAAGGAGAACAAGAAUUUCUAGAAGGAUCAGCAGACAAGCGUGGGUGGCAAAAUAUACAUCCAGCUAAUUUUAGUCUGAGUCAGAAUGUCCAAGGUACCAUUACAUGAGCAUUUUCUUUCAUAGGAAGUUCUCCCAGGCUCCUAACCCGGUGCUGUUGCUUUGGUGCUCUGUCAGAGUAAGUAAUGCACUGUUGCAGGGCCAUGCCCUGUUUGGCUGCAAUGGUUUGUGCUAAAACAAACUCAGCAAAGAAGGUGUUAGCAGGUAUGAUAGCACACAUUCAUGGAAGGAAACAAGUUGGAGAGAAGGACAUUCAGCAUGCUAGCUACUCCACUGCUCUGUUGGAUACUUGAUUGUUGGAUGCUUAAUUUUAGGUGUUUAAGUAAGGUAGUCAUCUAGGCUGCUUUACACCCAAGGACCAGAAAUAUGUACCUGUAGAUGUUAAUUCAUCCUAUAUGCCUAUUUAUGCUCUGUUUGCUUACAAAGUAUGCUUUGCUGUUUGACAUUGACAUCUAAGCAUCUGAAAUUGGGUUUGGGACACAAUGAGAGGCAGCUUUCUAUAUUUGUUACCUUGCAUAUGCACCUAAUGCAUGUUUAGGGGAUUGUUCACGUAAGAAUUCUUCACAGAGAGCUAGUGCUCCUUAUGUUAAUUCCAUAGCCUAGUUUACUUUGUAGUGGGUUGUUUUGUUGGGCUUUUAUUUUGAGUAAACAGGUGCUUAGGUAAAUUUUUAAUUGACAUAUCAUUAUUGUAUAAAAGGAAGGGCAGUUUAUAUGAAAAACCUUGUCGAGGCAGAGGAAUGUUUCCAGUACAAAGAACAUUAUUUUGUCCAGUAGAUGACUUUCAUGUAUUCUAAGCUAGGCUCUAUGUUGCACCACUGUCAAAGGCUGAGAAUUCAUAGAUGUAUCUGUUGCUUCAACUAUUUGUUAAUUUCCCCAUGAUAUUUAUGGUGGGAAGUGUAAGUCUUAUCUUUUUCUUUUAGGUUGACAAUUGCAUUUUUCGCACUCUCUGGUCUGGAUAUGUUGGAUUCCUUAGAUGUGGUGAACAAAGAUGAUAUAAUAGAAUGGAUUUAUUCCCUGCAGGUCCUUCCCACAGAAGACAGAUCAAACAUGAAUCGCUGUGGAUUCAGAGGUUCUUCAUAUUUAGGGAUGCCAUUCAAUCCCUCCAAGGGUCCAGGUAUAUCUCAUCCCUAUGACAGUGGGCACAUAGCAAUGACUUACACAGGACUAUCAUGUCUGGUUAUUCUUGGAGAUGAUUUAAGUCGGGUUAAUAGGGAUGCCAUACUGGCGGGACUGAGAGCUCUCCAGCUGGAGGAUGGAAGUUUCUGUGCAGUGCUGGAAGGAAGUGAGAAUGAUAUGAGGUUUGUGUACUGUGCUUCCUGUAUCUGCUACAUGCUUGAUAACUGGUCAGGCAUGGAUAUGAAGAAAGCAAUAGACUACAUUAGAAGAAGUAUGUCUUAUGAUAAUGGCCUGGCACAGGGAGCUGGACUGGAAUCUCAUGGUGGCUCUACAUUUUGUGGUAUUGCAUCACUGUGUUUGAUGGGCAAACUGGAGGAAGUUUUUUCAGAAAAGGAACUGAACAGAAUUAGAAGAUGGUGUAUAAUGAGGCAACAGAAUGGCUACCAUGGACGACCCAACAAACCUGUGGACACUUGCUAUUCCUUUUGGGUGGGAGCAACAUUGAAGCUCUUGAACAUAUUCCAAUAUACAAAUUUUGAGAAAAACCGAAAUUACAUCCUGUCAACUCAAGACCGCCUUGUUGGUGGAUUUGCCAAGUGGCCAGACAGCCAUCCAGAUGCUUUACAUGCCUAUUUUGGGAUCUGUGGUCUGUCAUUAAUUGGAGAAUCUGGUAUUUGCAAAGUUCAUCCUGCCCUGAAUGUAAGCACAAGAGCAUCAGAGCGUCUUCACCACCUUCAUCAGAUCUGGAAAACACGGACUUUAAACAGCGUUCAGAUGGCACACACCUCUCUACAUGACUGAUUUAGACUUGAAUUUAGUUCUGGUAGCAUAAUUGUAGCCCAGGGUUAAAAGCCAUGCAUAACCAAUGUGCUCUUUUAAGUGCUGGAGUCAUACAAUCAGAUCUGUGUUGCUGGCAUCACUUUGAUAUAGGGAGUUGCCUUCAGCAGGUUAUUCUGCAUUGUGAAAAGGGGAAUAUUUUGUUUAUAUAGAAGUUUGUCACCGCAGACUGUAAAUGGCUUUUCAGAUGGCUUUACUUCUAAGAAAUCCCUUGAGGCAUUUAAACUUCAUUUUAAUUUUAUUUUUUUAAAUUUGUGCAUACUGUGUCAAACUAUAUAAUGGGGAGUAUUUUCAAAACUGUUUACAUAUCAUACAGUAUAGCACAGAACAUUGAAGUUCUUUAUAAUCUUACUGUUUGACAUAUUUUUGGGUAGAGAAUCUCUCAUAUUAAGUCUCAGUUAAAAGUUACCUAUUAUCAACUUUCAGAUUCCAUAAACUUUGUUUUUCACGAACA